AUAAUUUAAAAAAAAUAAAAUGAAUUACACAAUAAUUUUGUUGAUUGGAUUAGUUGUCUCAAUUAAUGGAGCGUUUACUUAUAUAAUAGGAACUGAUUAAUGUUCAUGUGAUACAUUUGAAAAUAGUAAUGAUUGUGGCUAAAUCUCAUCUAAAUGUGAAUGGGUAUCAAAUGUAUGUUAAGAUAUUGAUUGUACAACAAAAAAUAAAAUUGGAGAUUGUAAUAAUAAAUGGAUGUGCAUUUAGAGCAGCAAAUAAAUGUGAAAAGAAAACAUUUUGUGCUAAUUAUAAUAUGAUAGAACAACUAGUUGUAUUAAUAUUGGAUGUGAUGCUGGAACUAAAGGAACUGAUAAUUUAUAUCCUUGUAAAGACUCUACAAUUUCAACAAUUAUUACAAAGGAUUGUGGAACUUUUACAACUGAUGCUGAUUGCUCUGCUGCACUUUGUAAAUGGGGUACGAAAUGUGGUCCAUAAACGAUUUAUAAAAUUAAAGAGCAUGUACAAAUAUUUGAGGAAAGGUUAUAAUAAUAGAACUCUAUUUGUUUGGGAUUCUACUAAAUCAUUAUGUUCUGAAGCUACUACUGGAUUGACUAAGAUUUAAUGUAUAUCAUAUACUUUUGGUACUUAUUCUUGGAAUGAAAAUAGUUCCUAAUGUGAAGAAUGUUCAUCAUCUAGUUAUGGCAAUGUUAUUUUUGUAUCCAUGGUCCUUUUAAACAUAUUGUUAUGA